AAAUAGCAGCUUUUACAAAGACUUUUCAGAAGCGCUCCUAAAAAAGAAAAAUUGAGCUGUGUUGCUUUUGUGUGCAUGUAUACCUCCAGCAUCCUCGUUUGACUCCACAUCGACUGUCUGGGAGAAAACCUCUCUUCAGGCAACAGUGGUCUCUAUGGUUACGGGAAGGGUAGAAGUGAGAGAGGAGGUGGAAAGGACGGGGUGUUCUGAGGCUGUGAGAGGGAGAGAAGAGGAUGGGAGGUGGGAGACGCUCACAGACACUUACUGCUGCCUCCUCUUGGCUUUCAAAAACAGCCAGCGAUGUGCUGGUUGAAGCCCUCGUCUGCUGUCUCUCGCUGUUUAGGUAACCCUCUGCCCCCCCCCGUCUCUCGGCUCAGGCGGCAGAGUAACACCGACUCCAUCGGUGUUCACGGGACGACUUGAUCUCAAACGUGCUGUGUUCACGCGCCACACACUCGUGGACAUGUUCAGAGGAUCCACUCCUGAGACGGAGCACUCCUGUCUGACACAUCACUGUCUGGCAGAUUCCCGUGUCACCAUGGAAACCCUGCAUCAGGUCGAGAAUAGUUGUUCCUAAACUGUAAUAUGGUACACGCCGCAUCAGAGGGACACGUGGAUGAGCUCCCAUCAGUCGUUAAUGGAAGUUAGGACGCAGACAUAAAACAAACACAACAGCAGAGGUCAGAUUCUCUGAGAAUUCACCACUUACACAAGAACAUCUGUGAGAGACGGGUAAAAAUCAUCAGUUGUAUAACCUGAGCAUUAUUGGCACAGGCUGAUGCAGAUUUCAGGUCUCGCAUUAACCGGAUACUUCCCUUAGUGCAUUGCAACAUGUUUCAGAGUCUGUUCCAGGCGGAGUCGAGGCUCCUGCAUGAAUAACACUCCACUGCUGCACAACCAGUUGCUCUUCUGGGACAGCUGCACCGGCCAGAAGUCCCUCCCUGCUGCCAAAACACAUUCACUCAGCCGGACACACAGGAAUGUCUCUCACUAUGCUCCUGCACGGCCGCAGAAAACACUCUGCUCUACAUGCUUGCGUUGUUUUGAAUGUUAAGUGCCUGAGUACAUGUACAGUACGUGUGCAAGAGCAAGUGUGUAUAUUUGCGUGUGUCAGACAGACUCCUCCAUUGAGACUCCCACCUUUCUCACACCUCCUCGCCAGCCUUGUUGGGACUUAUGACUCAAACUUAAAUGAGUCCCUCUAUCUCGCUCUCUGCAUCCAGCAUUGACCGAGCAGAGCUGAAGCGCUUCACCCCACUGAGUCUGCCUUCCUGUGCACUUAACGCUAAAAGUCAUCAAUAAUGACUCAGACCUGCACCUGUGAUAUAAUACUUCUUCUUUUUCUUCUUUUUUUUUUGAAAGCUGGGUGGGCUGAUGGUUGUUUUGAUCAGAACUGAAGAAGGUGGUGGAGUCAGGGAGGAAUAUUUGGCCUUCAGGACCAACACACACACACACACACACACACAAACUCCACUGAGAGAAAAUUGUGUUGAACAAGCUAGUGGCGUCUCAUCUGUAGAUUGUGAGAAAGAUGACUCUGGGGCCAAGCGCUUGGAGUUAUUUAGUUCAAUCUGGGCUACCACCUCUUAACCCCUUGUCAUCCAGUGUUUGUCAGCUAUUGGUCAAGUUUUGCUGUUAGUUGGGAUAUUUUGGAACAAAGAGUUGUGAAAAUGAGGGCUUUGACUUCUGGUAUUAAGAACAAGAUGUUAAAUUACGUCUGUUAAGACCAUUUUAAAAAAAGGACAUCCAUAGGCUUCCAACUAUUUCAAUACUAUGGAAUACUAUUUCAAAACCAGGUGCAGCUCUCCAUUGCAGCUGUGGGUCAAGGUUUGGCGAAAGGGUUAAUGUUGGGAUGGGGGCAUACCAUCUCUGGCUUUUACCUGCAGUUUACUCACUUUUCUCUAUUCGGGAAACCUCAAACAAGUCCAGCUGCUUUGUUUUAAUGUUCUUUAAGAUGCUUUAAAUAUCUUAAACAGAGAAUAAACCAUUUCUCCGGAUGUCUGUGCCACCCUGUACCUAACUAAUGCUGGUGAGAAGUGGUGUUACAAAUUUGGUGCAGUAGAAAUGAAACGUUGCAUCCAUUUGAAUCACGGUGCCACCAGGUAGGCAGGGGAUCUCCAGCGUGGGAAGAGUUAAAAUUGUGGUUUAUUUGGGAGUUAGAAUAGAAGUUCAGUUUUUCAAAGAUAAGAUAUGAAAAUGUGCAUGUGUGUUUGUGUGUGUGUGUGUAGUCAUCACAUGACUCAGCGGUGUUUAUACAGACUCGGUCCAGGCACGACUACAUAAUCACGCGCAUAAACACGCACUUUUAUUUAUUUUUUUAUUUUUUUAAUGAAGCUAUCAGGAUUCUCUCCCUCUCUCCAAAUAUGACUCGGUCUCUCCUCACGGAGAAGCACAGCCUCACACCUCUGACCUGCCUGCUCACACCGGCCAAUCUUUGGGGAAAGCAGAAAGUUAAAGCAAUGCCACCAGCUCCCGUCCUCCGGUUAAACUUGAUCUAAACUCAGAGAGCGUAUUUGCGAGCAGACCCCGAACAAAGAGCUGGCUGCUGUCUGGGAAGGGUUGGGUCUCUUCUCUCAAGGCUGAGAUUUUCAGACACCGGGACCAGAAUCGGACACGAGGCAGCAGCAGGCUCGCCUUUCCCAAUCCCGUUAUAGGUGAGCGCUAAGAAGCUGCUGCAGAUAUGGAUGUGCGUCCAUGGCUGUCUGUGUGGGCAGUUGCUCGAGGUUUUCCAGUGAAGCGUCAGAUGGACCUCAGUAGUGUUUGGUCACCGGUUAUUUCGGAGCCGGUGAUCCUCCCGGCGUCCUGACGUCAAUUUAUAAGGACCCAGCAGUGCCUGGGCGGCAGGCAGACAGCAAGACCUGGGGGGAAGAAAGAAACUGAGAAACAUAGAAAGAAAGAGAGAGGGAGAGAGGAAAGAGAGAAGAGCCGGACCAUGUUGAUCUGAUUCUCCGUUAAUUGCAGGGUAUUCUGUGACUGACCACAGCCUGAGCUGACGACGUGGGUCCCAGUCCUAAGUCUGCAGCUAUGGGGAAGGACUACUACAAGACCCUGGGGAUCCCCAAAGGCUCCAACGAGGAGGAGAUCAAGAAAGCGUACCGCCGCAUGGCGCUCCGCUUCCACCCGGACAAGAACAAAGAUGCCAACGCGGAGGAGAAGUUCAAGGAGAUCGCCGAGGCCUACGAGGUACUCAGUGACCCCAAGAAGAGGGUCGUCUACGAUCAGCUGGGAGAGGAAGGUUUGAAGACAGGAGGCAGCAGUUCUUCAGGUGCCCCUGGCAACGCAACGCACCACUACACUUUCCACGGAGAUCCCCACGCAACCUUUGCCUCUUUCUUCGGUGGCUCCAACCCCUUCGACAUGUUUUUCGGCUCGAACCGUGGCCACGGCCGCUCAAACGGUUUCUCCUUCCACAACGACCACAACAACGACACGGAGCAGGACAUAGAUAUGGAUGACGAUGACCCCUUCUCUCACUUUGGGAGACCGUUUGGUUUUCCGGGAGGGAUGAACAAUGGCUUCCCAGGAGAGGGCCGCCGGAGGAGAGGGGUGCCAUCAGAACGCUUGGGGACCAGCCGAAAGCAGCAGGACCCUCCGGUGGUCCACGAGCUGAAGGUUUCGCUGGAAGAGAUCUUCCAUGGCUGCACCAAGCGAAUGAAGAUCACCCGGCGCAGGCUGAACCCAGAUGGGCGGAGCAUGAGGACGGAGGACAAGAUCCUCAACAUCAUCAUCAAGAAGGGCUGGAAGGAGGGGACCAAGAUUACUUUCCCGAAGGAGGGAGACGAGACCCCUGAGAACAUUCCUGCUGACAUAGCCUUUGUGCUUAAAGACAAAGGACACGCCCACUUCAAGAGAGACGGUUCCAAUAUCAUUUAUAACUGCAAGAUCAGUCUAAAAGAGGCAUUGUGUGGCUGCACAGUUAGCAUCCCCACACUGGAAAACCGGGUUAUCUCCCUGCCCUGUCACGACAUCAUCAAGCCAGGGACGGUGAAGCGACUCAGAGGGGAAGGCCUGCCUUUCCCGAAGAACCCGUCACAGCGCGGUGACCUCAUUGUGGAGUUUUCUGUCCGUUUUCCUGACAGGAUCCCUCCUCAGUCCAGAGAGAUUAUCAGACAGCACCUACCCCAGUCGUAGGAAGACACACCUCUAACCCUAUAACCAAAACACACUCCAGACUGUACACAGAAAAAACUUUCAUCCACCCUCUUAUAUUAUAGUUACCCCCCCCCCAAAUGUCCUGUUUCACCGCACACAGCACAAAACAUAAGCUGUGGUUUGUAGUGACUUCACAGUGGGAGGAUUGAGGAAGAGUGUCAACAUGAAUGGCAGGUUAAGGAUGUAAUUUAUUCAUGUUUGUUUUGUUGUUGUUUUUUUUUUUGUUGUUUUUUUUGCCCAAGCACACACGCAAGCACCUGAGCAGCGGAACGGUGCUGAGGAUGGAUUCAGCACGACUGUGGCUUUUACCCGAACUUCUUUUCUUAACUGUUUUUUACAGAUUUACCAGUGGUUUUAUAUGCUGUCCAGCUCUCUGAUCCUCGUCUUUUUGUGAUAGGAUGAAGCGUGGGAUAUUUUUUAAAGGAAACGUUUUGGGUUUUUUUUUUUCCUAGGAUUUCUCUUUUUUUUUUUUUUUUGCAAUGUGGUUAAAAAUAGGAUUCUUUAUUUUUACCUUGAGUGUACCAGCAGCUUUAGUGUGGGCAAACCCUGGUUUUACCGUAACUCUUCCCCAACACCUGAUUUUCUCAUGCUUUCAGUCCAAUAAAGCAUUGUGCUUAAAGUUUUUAGGCCGUUUAAUGUGAUCCGUCUCCUCUAAAAUAAGUUGAUGUGUGCGUUCUUAAAGCCUCGCAUCACUCCAAAUAUUAUUAGCGUAACCGUUGCAUUGGAAAAUCUGGGAAUGACAAUCACAUACUUUAACAGCAGUGUAAGCUUGGACAUUACAAUCUGCUCAUAUUAUGGGUGCUUUCCCUUCUGAGCUGUGUGGCUGCUCUCAACUGAACAGCCUGGCUCAGGAUCUGAGGAAUAUUUAGGUGCCUUAGCGCAGUGUCAUACCACAUAUGUGAACACACACACACACACACACACAGGACACACUGUAAUACAAACAGCCAUGAUGAGUGCAAGGCAAUGUCCUAUGCUGUGUUAGACGUUACCAUUAGAGCUGGUAAUGUGAGAAAAAACGGUAAAUAAGCAAAGUCAGUACUGUAUGUAUGUAUGUAAGUAAGAAAGAAAGAACAUUCUUAGGGAGAAAUUUGAUACAAGACUGAUGAUUUUUUUUGCCAAUGCAUCCCUGAAAAGUGCCAAACAAGUACCGGCUGGAUUUCCUAGAGGACCGUAAGAAUGAAUCUCAAAUUCACAGAAAACAGUUCCUCUGGAAAACCCAGCUUUGUUGUGAAUUCUCUGCUUUCUCUUGUGGCAUUUGAAGGCCAUGUCUUGGUGCUACUGUGAGCGGGGCCAAAAAUAGACCGCACUGGCGUCUACUUUUUGGUUUAAACGAGUAUUCAGUUUGCGAUUUGAUAACUGCUUCUGUCCUGUGUGACACGUGUGCAUCUGACUUUUACAUACUAUACUGCAAGUAGAAGCCCCUGUUUAGGAAACAGGUUUGUAAUAUUGUAGCAGCUGUUCUCUGUCUCAGCUGCAGGGGUCUCUGAAAACUCUCUUCAGCUCUUCCUACUGUAUUUACAACAAUGACGAGAUGUACUGUAUGUAUGAGUAUGGAUUACGCAGACAGCCAUAGCAGGUCAUGUAUAUUACGUGUACAGGGAAACGUUUGAAUGACUCGCGGACGACGAAUGCACUUCUUUGUUGUAAAAGAUACCGACAAAAGUAUGAGAUGAUGGGGGAGACUUGAAUGACUUGUCUGAGUGUGUGAUCGUCCUGCCUCUCAGAGCCUCAAGGGACGCCGGACUGUGGCGACAGCCGAGGCCGCACAUGCGCCGCUGCUGAACGUCUCACCGUCACUGCUUAUGUGCAUUUGACAAUAUUUAUGAACUUUUUGAGAUGAAAACAAAAUAAACCAAACGUGUGAAGUUC